CGAGCGGCGAAGGCGGUGGGGGGUCCGUGACAAGAGCGAGGGCUCACACCGGCCGCGGGAUUCCCAGCGACGUUGCAGUGGAGGAUUCGGAGUUCCAGUCGGCGAUGCCCCCGUUUCCUCCGCCCGCGAGGCCGCGUCUCAAGAGCGAGACCUACGAAACCCUGGUUCGCAUCUUCUCCCUCUGCGGCGACCCGAGCUAUGCUCCGCGCGUCGUCAAGUUCGAUACCCGCUUGCCAAGUCCAGAUGAUGCCCAUGAUGACAGUGGAGAAAAAAAUGGAGAGGUAGUUUGUGACCAAGGUCAAGGUGAGUUGGAAGUAGCCGGUUCAAAUUGUAAACUGCUUGAACAUUCAUCAGCACAGAAAGAUGGUUUUCCCAUUGCUGGAGAAUCCGAAAGUGUUCAGAAAUCAAAUGUUGCUGAUGUACAUUUGGAAGGUCUAAGCUCUCGGGACAGAGAAUCUAGUCAAGCUCAAGUUAUAAUGGAUGAGAUGGCCCACAGAGCGGAUAGAGAAUAUGGUGUUGGCGUUAAUCUUUCAACACCAAAGGAUGAGAUUGUCAUGGGGAGCGUCUUAGGGGUUAAUAUAGAAGAAAGUGGAUAUGAAUUGGAGCACAUGGAGAUGGACGAUAUAAGCAUCCUAUUGAAUGAUGAAGGCAUUGCACCUGUUCAUCAGGAUAAUUCUACAGUAGAACUCAUGGAUGAUCAACGCCAUGUCAGAGGUAUAAUGGCUUCAUUAAGUACCAAUCAAGAGCUUUCUGUUGAGCAAACAAUUAUAGAUGAUCCUACAAGUAUGAGUCACCUGCAAGGAGAUUUACAUGAUUGUAGUCAAAAGGUUGCAAUUAGUUCUGCUCCUACUCCAAUGCAGAUUGUGGACGAGAAUUGCCUACUCUCAGCAACCAAGGGAUUGACUGGAGAGUGUGAAAUACAACAUCCAUGUACAAGAGACGCGGAUGUGCAUCUCCCAGAUAGUACAUUAAAUUUGCCUCAGGAAGUGACAGAAGAACAAGUUGAGGAGGGGGAAAUUUCUGACAGCAUUAGGGUGGAUGGAAUAUCAUCUAAUAUGCGUUCGGAUGAUAUUGCUGUGUCGAAUAAGUUGCUUAACAAUAAGCAAGUGUCUGAAUGCAUUGCAGUUAUGGAGAGGGUCACUGAUGAAGGACAAAAAGGAAAAAUUGAAACAGAAUCUGGAGCCUCUUCUUUCGGUGCUGGAAUGGACUAUGAUGUUGCUAAUGUGAGAAAAGCUGAAAACCAUAAAAACAAUGGGGGGAAGAAGAUUUGUGAACCUCAGAUGGCUUUUCAUGGAAAGUCGAUGGCUUUGGAAGCUGAAAAAGUAGAUGCACAUUGUCCUUCAAUUGAAGAUAAAAAAGCCAAAAAGCAAGGUUGCAUAUUCAGUGAAGAUGUGCCCCCUAAUGCAGGUCGAUGUAACGAUAUAGUUUCCUAUGCAGAUAUUUAUUUGGAAAAGAAAUCUGAAGAUCAAGGGGCUGUAACUACCAUGGAGGAGUCUCAAGAUAAGAAAAAACGACGUACUCUUAGCAAAGAAAGGAAGGAGAAGAAAAAGCAAAAGGAACGAAGAAAGAGAGCACAAAAGAAUAGAGAGCUUGGGGUAAAAAGGCUGAAAUUGCAACCAGUGCUGAAACAAAAAACAGUAACAUAUUGCCGCCAUUAUCUCCAGGGAAGAUGCACCGAGGGAGAGAAGUGCAAAUUUUCACAUGAUACCGUGCCUUUGACGAAAUCUACAAAGCCUUGCUGUCAUUAUGCACGAAAUUCAUGCAUGAAAGGAGACGAUUGUCCAUUUGAUCAUCAGCUCUCCAAGUAUCCUUGUAGCAAUUAUGCAUCCAAAGGCUUUUGUAGCAGAGGCAACAACUGUAUGUUUUCACAUAAGAUGGAAGAUUCUACAAUUGCGUCAAACACUCGCAACAAUGAAUCAAAUCAUCCAGCUCUGCCAUUAAUUCCUAAGAAGCAACCAGGCACAAUUGUUGGCUCCCAUGAUAACAACGCCCAUUCUGCAUCAGACACUUCCCGUGCUUCUUUCAAGUACUUAAAACCGAACAUGAUAGGCUCUUCAACUAAUUCACCAGUGCUCAAACCUGAAAGAGGUAGCUCCGACUCUAUGGAGAAGUUCUCAUUGAUUUCUUUCAACAAGUCAGAAACGGGCAGUUCAUCUGCAAAAGAUGGUUCCAGAAUUGGGAUUCAUUCUGGAGAAAAUGCUUCUGGCACGGUUCAAAACGUGAAAGUGAGCUCAAAGACUACACCACUAUUGCCACCGAAAGGAGUAAAUUUUCUAUCAUUUGGUUCUUCAUUGAAUCAGACGGAUACUAAGAAACCAGCUAACUUCCUUUUCAAUACAAGUAAGGUGAACAUACUCAAACAUACUACUCCUACUCAACAGAAGGGUGAUAGCGCUGAUAGUGUUAAUGAUGAAAGCCAACCAAAGUUGAUGUUCCCCAAUUCAAAUGAAGUGACAGAGAGGACUGAACCGAUAGUGAAAACACAGGACUUGAAGCUUUUCUCCUCAAGGGAGGCUUCACUUCAGGGCUCUAUAAAUAGAGAACAAUCAGGCUCCUGUUUUGUUGAUAACAACGCUGUUGACAGAUCUCUGCAAGGGAGACCAAGUGCCUCUAGUAGUACGGCACAGAGCUCUAGCAUGAUAACGUGGAAGCUGCCAAUUUCUCCAAUAACUCCAUGUCAACCUUCAGAUUCAACGCCUAGGCUAUACAGGAACAUCUCGAAUUCAGCUCAGAAGGCAUUGUCCUCAACAUUAGCAUUUGCUGCCAUGUUCGAAACAGACACAAGAAUGAAGCACGCUGACGGACAUCGCGCUGUCAGUGGUAAGGCUGGUGAGGAAUCUGCUCAUGGUCUUCAGAAUGAUUCAGCAAAGGCCUCGAAAAUUCUGGGUUUCUUGGCUAACAUUGGAAAGAAGCAGCAAUAGUGUUCGAGUAAAUUGGAAAGCCAAUGCCGAGGUUAUAAACUGUCGUGAUCCCAGAGGUUGUUUCGAUAUAUCUUCUGCUUCCUCAGUGAAUGUCUUGUUAUCAUUUUUGCAGGAACCGAGGUUUUAGCAGUUUAGAGGGAUAGUGUUUCGUGUUAUCAGAAUCGUUCUUUAUUGGCGGGACCGUGGCAAGACUUGCUACCUAUUCAAGUGGCAAUAAUCAGGUAUGAUUUGGGUAGUCGUCGGGUCCUUCACAAUGUAUCUCUUUUUAUUUAGUAGGUAAGUCUCUAAUUUAGGUAAAAGGUAGCUUUUGAAGAGAUUCUAUGGUCAGCUAAUUAUUUUUUCCGGACCCAUCUCACAUUCGAUGUGGAUCGUUGGACAAAAUGUAAG